AUGGCAUCCCCACCAGAGUCGAUUACGACCGUCAAUGGAAGACGAUGUACGCGUUCUCGCGCCCGGGUCGCAGUCACAACUCCAACAACUCCAGCCACCGUUGUGACCUCUUCCCAAGUCAUAGCCUCCACUUCUACAACCCCUCAACCAGCGCCGCAGAUACAGACGACGACUCCUCAGGCUCCUUCUCUCCCUCCAUCUCCCCCUCCUCCACCACCACCGCCACCAUCAUCAUUAUCACCAUCAUCGCAGCCGCCCCCACCUCCGGAACAGGCACCACAGCAACCACCUACUAGUACCACCUCACCCACAGUGGAUGCAGUAGCAGGAACAUCGUCGACAGGAGUUGCUCCUCCAUCACCCGUUGAAGUUUCGAGCGCACCGGCCAGUCCCACUGCGCUGCUUGCAUCUGGCACUUCAAUUUCUGUGAACACAAAUCCAGCAGUUCCUGUCGAGUCUGACACAAGUCCACCGUCAUCCAUCACUGCAACAACCGUAGGCCAACCACGGGUGACAGGCUCCCCACUUGCAGGGUCUGCGGGCGAGUCUAAUGAGGGGUCUGCUGGAAUCAUUGCACCAGGUCAGGGGUCCUCCAACAACGAUGAUAGUCCCUUGACUCUGGGUCCCAAUGCGAACCUGGCUGGCAUUUUGGGCGGUGUUUUUGGAGGUAUUGCGGCGCUGGCUUUGAUUAUUGGGCUGCUCUUUCUCGUCCUGCGUAAGCGAAAGUCAAAGCCAAGGAGGUGGAAUGAGAAGAGGCAAAGUAACUCAAGUUUGCUAUCGAGGAUCAGGACAAUACCGACUGGACUAGGCGCAUUCGUUGCAAGGCUGAAAGGAAGCCAAACUGGAUCCACCCAAAACCCUUAUCAACGACAUGUUCCAAAGGCCAGCACGGACUCGAUAUACUUAAGAGACUCUAACGGACGGAUUCGAUCAAACAGUGAGCCACAAGGUGCAUACCCACACAGACGCGCAGGUUCCAGCGGCAGCAUAUCAAGCAAGAAGAGCGACAGGAACCUACUUCGCAAAAAGCCCAGCAGUAUAUCUGCCUAUCGAUUUCCUGAUAUCGCAGAGGAUACAGGCACACCGAACCCAUUCGCAGACCCACAGCAGAUGCGUCCGCUUUUGAUACUCAACCCCGAUCCCAAGAGCACGCCCGCUACACCCCAAGUCCCCGCAGCUACUGCGGAUCCUGAACCAAGAGAUCCAUUCACGUCCGUUUAUGAUCCACCACCAGUCGCGCCAACGCGGGAGAGAGGACCAGCUCAAACUCAUCAACGCGCAAUGAGCUCGAUUUCGGGACAGAGCUCGCAUACUACAUGGUCUCUUUACCCCACAGCGAAUCCGUUCAACGACCCACCUAAUGUACCGCCGCUACCAAACCAGGCCGUAUUGCCACAACACCACCGUCAACGGUCUUCCAUGGCGUUGCCAAACUUCAAUCCGACUGCGACUUUCGAUGCGAACUCGACUUUCGCCACCCGUGAUUCCGGCAUGUUUUUCGGAGAGCCAGGACCGAGUAGACCUACAACCAACAUGUUCACACCGGUUACGCCUGCUCGUCGAACGAUUCGACAAUCUGAUCCAUUCGAUCUUGACCGACCUGAAGUCCUCGGGUUCGGCGGCCUCAGCAGGCAACCUACGCGAACCAAACGAAGGAGCAGCGUGAAUAAUUGGUACAGCACUGCUGGAAACGGUGCUUCCAAUGCUCCGCCGUUGCCGACAGACAGCGCAAGACCCUCGUGGGGUCCGAAUUCAGGGAGAUGA